AUUAGACGUGAAGAACAUGUCUGGUGCAGCAGCGAUGUUCGUGUUCUUAUUGCCGGGGAUUCCAAUGUCCAUCGUUUGAAGUCUGCAUGUCCUCCAAAUGCAAGGAUUGACUUUCUGCCCGUAUCUGGUGCAAAGUAUGUGUCUGACCGGAAGGGCUUUAGAAAGCUGCUGCAUCAAGAGCUGAUGUCAGGUUGUUACGACAUAUUGUACCUGCAUCUUGGCUCUAACGAUGUUUGCUGCAAGGAUAGCAAUUUCUACCGUUGUGUGACUGAGAUCCUUGAUGUUGUAUUCAGUGUGUGCACUGAAAUACACGUGGUGCUUUGCGUGAUUCUUCCACGUGAUUUUGAUGUGAGAAUGUUUCCCCGAUGGCCACUCUCAGGGGCACAGUUGAGGAACUACUGCCAGUGGAUAAGGAGCGCAAACAGCAUGCUGUGGGAACUGAGUCACCAUGUGCCUUCUGUGAGAUACAUGGACUAUGCAGCAACUAAACAGAAGUCCCUGUACUUGUCCCAUGAUGGACUACAUCUGAGUGCUGAAGGGGCUAGGAGAUGUUUAGCAUCCAUACAUGACGACCUGCCAAACCAGCUGUGUGUGGAGGCUGCUGUUCAAGAUCCUACAGAAUGGCCAGCUCUCUCAGCCACGGAAGUACCGGUUCAGGAGCAUGACAGCACCAUAGCACUCUUUUCGGAUAUUGUGCAGACUGGAGCUCAACCAGAGAUUCAAGACAAGGUGGAUGCAAGUGAAGUACCAGUUCCCAGGGACAUUAAGCCUCAGACACAUAAAAUAACGGUUGUCACAGCCAGAGCUAAGAGGUCUGCAACCAGAAAUGUCAAAAGAUAUGGAAAGAAGUUGGCAAAGAAAUGCCACACAAGGUCAUGCUGCAGUGGAUUUGUUUACCUUGACAUUACUGAAGAUGUGGCUGUUUUCCUGCCUGCAUACAAGUUGAAUGGCUUAUGCUUGGAAGAUGAAAUCAACGUGCCAUCCAACAUCCAUUGCCACCGAGACACUGAAGAGACGCCCCAACAAGAUGACAACGCCGCAAAUGAAGAUAAAGUCAAUGUGCCAUCCCACUUCUUUUUCCAACGAGACACUGACGAGACGCCCCAACAAGAUGUAGACACUUCACAGCUUCUUCUUAUUCUUUCAAAUGACGUUGAACUUAACCCUGGACCGAUAUUCCAGACAAUACCGGUCCCUGUGGAAGCGGUUGGCUCAAGCGAGAAGAUGACGAUAAUUACAGUGAAAAUGGACUGACCAUACACGAAAGACAAAGGACAUUAAAUAUUUACACAAAUUUUGCACCUGUAAAAUGUGACAUUCAUAUACGUGAAUGCUAUAAUUCAAUUAGUAAGCCAUGCAGAAUUCUUUGGGAUGAAGGGGACUUAGAUUGUUUACAUGUAUUAAGUAGGGAUACAGCAGCAGGAGAUGAAAUAGGGUGGGAAUUUGUAUCUAUGGUUAUGAAUUCUAGUUGCACUUUUUCCUCUUACUGCCAGUUUAAAAAUGAGAUGUAUAAAACUCGCCACAAUAAGGCUAGGUUUAUGAAUCAAACAGUUUUUUUUAAUUUUUGGUUCAGUUGGGCUUCAAACAUGAAAAUAGAUUAUUCUAAAGUUGAAACUUCUGCUCGAGGAACAUCAACAUUAUUUCUUUGGUUCUGUGCAGACCAUGGACAUUGCUAUGGUUUCCACAUGACUGGGGCAGAAGGAAGAAAAGAUCUAUUAUUAGCCUCGGUGACCUUGACCCAGUGACCUCAAACCUCAUCAAAAGGUAGAGGUCCAUGCAAGGUACCUACAUGCUAAAUAUGAAAGAGAUCGGUAAAGUAUUGAAGGCGCUAUGAGAAACGGUAGCAAAAGUGUGACAGAAGGAAGUCUAUUAUUAGCCUCGGUGACCUUGACCCCAGUGACCUCAAGCCUCAUCAAAAGGUAGAGGUCCAUGCAAGGUACCUACAUGCCAAAUAUGAAAGCGAUUGGUUAAGUAUUGAAGGCGCUAUGAGAAACGGUAGCAAAAGUGUGACAGAAGUAAGGAAGUAAGUAAGUAAGGAAAGACAAACUGGCAACUAUAUGCUCCACCGAAAAAGGGGCCAUAAUUCUGUCGCAAUGCUUAUUACAGUUGUCUGAUCUUGUUUAUAGAUUGGGAUCAUGUUGGUAAAGAAGUACGCAAAAUUUGAAAGCAAUAUGUCAAAGGACAUAGAAAAUAUUUGAGGUUGUACGCAAUUUUUAACAUAGAUUUAUCAAUAAUAUUCAUAUUCUAAGUGAAAAAAGGGCCAUAA